AUGCUUUCCCAUCUGCUGCUUGUGCUCUGCAUUGUUGGGUUCAGUAGCAGCAGCAGUAGCAGCCCAACUUUCAGCAAUGGAGGAGACCGUAAAGCUUUGAUUGUUGGGGAGGAACUGUGGAAGGAAACUCUUCCUUUGCAAAUGGGUUCUCGAGUUUACGAGCUGCAAGGGCUUAAAUCGCAUACUUGGUAUGAAGUGAAGAUAUCAUAUCCAGCUUCUAUACCUGCUAGCUUUACUAUACAAUUGAAUAAAGAUGAUUCAGACUCGGGGAUUAACCGGAAUAGAAGAUUGUUAAAUACCGAGAAACUGAUUUUCAAGACUGAUGAUAUUCUUGAUUACAAUCAGGCUUUUUCCGAGAUAUUUGAUGAUGCGGUGAACUUUUCACAAGGCGUAUGCCUCCCCUAG